CCCCCCCCCCCCUUCCCUGGGGACAGCUGGGUUCCCCGCCAUCAUACUGUGACAUUUCCAUGGUUACUGUGUUCUAGGGUGGGGCAGGGCCUAACCCUGCCCCCUCCCCAGCAGUCAGUAUUGGCCCUUCUGUGGGGCAGGACAUAGCUCCCCCGCAUGCGCCACGGACCCCCCCACCCCCCCAUGGGCAACCCCUCCAGCUGGGGCAGGCAGCCAUCUGGGGUCCAGUUAAUAGAUAUUGCCCCAGAGCCACAGAUGCCUCCAGGGAGGGGGGGCAUAUGAAUGUAGGGGGCAGCAACACUGCUUUCCUGACCCCCCUGCACCUGGGCGCCUGGGUUCUCUCCUAUCCCACCCCCCCACCAGCCAGGGAACUGCUCCCCUCCUUUGUAAUUGCCCCCGUCCCCCCAUGGGGGGCUUGGAGGGUGAAAAGUGGCUAAAAAAGGGAAAAUGCCUUAAAUGGGAAUUAGUGGAAAAUUCCCAGUGUGUGUGGGGGGGCACCCAGACACCUGGGGUCCCUGGGGGGAGAGAGACUGCCCUCCUUUCCCCCCCUUUCCCUGCCUCAGUUUCCCCCGGGGGGUGCUUUUAUCUCUACCUCCCACUUGCUUGGGGGGGGGGAUAGUAUUACGGGGUGGGGUGGGGGGAUCCCCUGUCCUGCCCCCUCCCCUCCUUCUACUGAGAGUGACAAGAUGUUUACAGCCAAUGGUGGCUCUUCCUGGCACCCCCUCCAGGAAAGCUCCUCCCCCCCAAUAAUGGGGGGGUAUUAAGGGUGCAGGAGGGGGAUGGAUCCCCCACCCCGGACUCAGAGCACCCCUGGACACCUGGGUCCCUCAGUGCUGGGGUGCUGCCCCCCCAUGCUAAGGGGGGGCCUGACUUGCUGGACUCCUGGGUUCUUUGUGGCCCCCACGGACUGCGGACUUGCCCCGGACUCCUGGGUCUUGGACGGAUGGUGCCAAACUAGGCCCCGCCCCCUCCUGGGAAAAGGGGUAGGGCCAGAAAAGGAAAAGGGGUGGGGCCGGGCCGGUGCCUCCCUCCACCUUUCCUCUGUGGACUGGAUUUCUGUAAUUAGCCCCACCCUUCGCUGUGAAUAAGCCCUGCCCCUUGUACAUGCCCGCCCCCAAUAAAGCUAGUUUGGUUGUGCAGUCACGUGUACGCUGGGAAGGGGCGGGGCUUGGGGCAGAGGUCGAGGGAGGGGCGGAGUUAAGAUCUUCGGGAGGAGCUUGGGGUUGGAGUCAAAGGAGGGACGGCACAGCAUUGGUGGGCUUAGAAGUUGAGGAAGGGGCGUGGUCUGGCAGCAAGGGGGAGAGGCCAAGUGGAGGCUGCCCCUCCCCUUAAGGGAAUUUAGGCUGGACUUCCUAAGCCCCGCCCCCUUGCCUGCGGCCCCGCUCUUCAUGCUUGCCUACCACAUAGCUACAGUGAAAGCUGGGGAGGCUCGCAGCCCUGGGGCGCUCCGUGCGCGUGCGCGGCUGCAGCUGGAGGCGGGUGCGGGGGGGGUGCUGCACCUGCCCCCUGCCACCUCCACUGUGCGCCUGGCUCCCGGCUCCCAGCCCCCCCCUGGUGACCCUGAUGGCCCUGCACCUGCCCCCUGCGCCCGCCACAACUCUGCCAUUCAUAUCCGUGUCGCCCGGCUCCAGACCCAGUGACCCUGCUGGAUCCUGUGCCCCAAGACCUGCGGAGACCACCCCCCCACAGCCCCACCCCAAUGGAGACCCCUGGCCUAGGCUGCCCGAAGAUGGGGCACACCCUGCCUAGACUGGGCCUAAUCCUGCACCCAGUGACCUGCAGAGACCUGCCCCCCCAGCUGGAUCCCAGUGGAUACCCCUUGCCUCAGUUGGACCUGGAGCCCCCCUCCAACUGGACCUGGAGACCCCCUCCUACAGGUGGGGACCCCCACUCUGGCUGGGCAUGAUGGUGCACUCUGAGAACUGGAGCCUCUGGAGAUCCCCUCAAAAAAACCUGGGCCCUCAUGGAGACCCCCCUGCCUCAGCUGCUGGGGGAGGGGGGGGCCCCCCAGGAGUGGACCUGGUUGGAGGACCACCCCAUGGAGAUGGGGGACCCCCCCCCAGACUGGGCCUGAUCCUGCACCCCAAGAUUUGGAUCCUCUGGGAGCCUCCCUCCAAAACUGGACCCUGAUGGGGGUCCCCCUGCCUGAGCUGCUUUGAGACAGGGACCUGGUUGGAGAACCCCCCCUGGAAAGGCCUUGAACUGCCCCUCCCAGACUGAGAGCUGCUGAAGACCCCUGGAGAUGAGGGGGACCCCCCCAUAUGGCCUCCCCUGGACUGGCCUCCCCAUAUGGCCUCCCCUGGACAAGUGGACCCCCUUGCUGCCCCUGGACCAGCCCCCCCCAGUUGGGCCCUUCCCCCCCUGCACACCAUACAGGGGUCCCUGUUAGCCUCCAGCCCAGGCCCCAGCAAGGAGCACCUCAUCUGCAGAGAACCCAGGCUUGGGCUGCCCCCCCCUUGGAGACCCCCCCCCAGCUUGGGCCGCAGAGAAGCAGGGCUGAGGGCAAUAAAGAGAGGAGUCAAUGUGGGUGUCUGUCUGUCUGUGGGGGGCUUGCACAGGUGUCUGGACCCCCAUUUCCCCCCCCAGGACCCAGAUUUCCU